AUGGUAAACCAAAAAAAUGGAAUUUUAUCAAAGUUAACAGGUUUGACGUCCACCCUUUUUAAGCUUAAUAUUGAAGACAUAAAUGAAGAGGUUGAUGAAAAUACGAACCCCUUGGAAAAGGCCAUCUUAUAUGGGAAUAGCAAUGUAAAAUGUCGGAAAAUAUUAUUUUUAAAAGAUAUAAUGAAAUUAUUAAACCAUAUAAAUUAUGAGAAUUUUUUGAAAUAUAUAUAUCCAUUAAUUGUAAAACUAAGUAAUGAUGAUAUAGAAAUACAAAAUGAAGUAUGUAAUCGUGUUGGAGAUUUAUGUGCUUAUUUAAUACAAAAUAAUAAUCAUAAUGAUGGUUGUACGGAUAUCAUGAAAUUGUUAUUUCCUAUUGUUGAGAAAUUUAUAAAAAAUAAUGAAAAUAAAAAUAUUAUAGAAACAAUAAUGAAAUCAUUACUUAUAUUAUCUACACAUAUAAAUUGGAAAUAUCGACAGAAAUUUAUUUUGCCUUUUAUAUUAUCUCUAAUUUCUAAUGACAAAUAUAAAUAUAUUGGUUUCAUUUUAUUAAUAAAACUUUGUUCCAUAUUUGAAAGAAAUAUAUUUUGUUCUUUUUUAAUACCAUCCAUAAAAUCUAUUUUAAGGAAAAAUGACCAUUUAGAAAAUAAAAUAUAUAUUUCUUGUUAUUUAUAUAAUAUAUGUAAAAUGUUAAAAAAGGAAGAUGAUUUAUUUCAUAUUUUUCUUCUUUUGAAAAAUUUAUGUAAUGAUCCAAGUGAUACUAUAAAAAUAAUUAAUAUUUUUAAUUCUACUCAUAUAUCCUUGUUAUAUUCAAAAAAUAUCUUUUUCUAUUUUUUUGUACCAUUAUAUAAUCAUUUCUUAAGAAAUGAAAAUAUAUAUGUUUUUUAUUAUUCUCUAAUUAAUUUAUUUUAUUUUAUUUGUAUCUUUGAAGAUAUCAAUUUAAUACACCCAUAUUAUAUACAUAAAAUGAUAUUCUUUUUUAAUAAUAUGUUUUCUUCUCAUACAUUUACCUUAAAUUACCUUAACGAAACAGCCAAAAAAAAAAGUAAUUAUUUCUUUCUCAAUAAUAAUAAUAAUAAUAAUAAUAAUAAUAUAAAUGAGCAAAAUCGUUUUAAUCAUAUAACCCUUAAGUAUCAGGCAAGUGGUAUACAAAUGAACAAUAAUAUAAAUAAUAAUCCUAAUACAAAAUUAAAGGACAUGAAAAAAAAAAAUGAUAUAUUGUAUCAUUCUACAUAUGAACAGCAUAAACAAAAUGAAGAACCAUGCUUAAUCAUUGAUGAAAUUGAAGAUAUAGAUAAUGCUUUUAAAAUAAAAGCAUUUUCCGAUAAUGUGUGUGAUAUCGAUGUUUCAUUCAAUGUACCAGAAGCAAUAAAACAAGAUCAUUCAGAUGGCUGUGACAAAUUAAUAAAAACGGGAAAAGAAGUAGCCGAAUGUUUAUAUGUAAAAAGAGACAUGGAACAGGAAAAUCUCAACUUUUGUAUGAUGCAAGAAUCAUAUAAAAGUGAGCAUAUGUAUGAUCAAAGGGGAGAUAUGUACGAACAUCAUGAAAUGUUGCAUGGUAAUUAUGAAAUGUAUGAAAUGAACCAAACAAAGGAUGAUUAUAGUGAUCAGAAGGUGGGAGAUUUAAAUACAAAAUUAUGUAACCAAUUAUAUAUCGAAAAUCAUAAGAAAGGUUCUUAUAAUAUAAAAAAUAAUGUAGAUAUUUAUACUCAUUUGAGUAAGAUAAAUAAAGAAACAGAGAUAAACGCACAAAGAUGUGAUAAUGAAUUUAAUGAUAUAUUUAUUAAAGGACAAAAUAAAGAAGAUAAAUUAGAAAGUAAUGACAAAUACUCAAAAGUGAGUAGUAAAGAAAAUGAGGAAAAUGAAAAAAUAAAUCAAACUCUUAUUACAAAUGGUUUGAAAAAUGAUAAAACGAAUGGUCUUUCAUAUAUAGAGGAUAAGAUUAAUUUUAUUUGUAUGAAUAAAUUAACGAAUACUAAAAGAGGUCAUAAUAUAAAUAAGGAUGAAAAUCUACAUAUGGAUAAUAAAAAAAAUAAUAAUUUAUUAGAUCAAAAUAUAUCAAAUGAUGUUGUCUUAAAAAAUGAUUGCCAUUUUUUGAAUGAUAAUUUUACCACAGUACCUUCCAUUUUUUAUAAUAAUAAUUUAUUUAAUGACCUUAUAAUAAAUAAUAACCAUUUUAGUAUAAGCAUAAAACAAUUUUUCGAAAUGUAUUCUAAUAAUUUUAAAUAUAAACAUUUUGUUGUUAUGGAAAAGAAUGAAAAUGAUGGUUCUACAGAUUCUAAUGAUUUAUUUGAUGAUAAUAAUACCAUAAUCAAUAUUGAAAAGAGGAAUAGUAUGCAAGCCAGAAAUAAUCCUGAUUAUGAUUACAAUACAUUUUGUAUCCCCAUGAAUGAUGAAGUGUUACAAGAUAUAGAUAAUACAUUUAUACAUGAUACAAAUAUAGAUAUUGAUAUAAUAAAAAGUUGUUAUUAUAAUGAAUCCGAGUUAAUUAGGAAGAAUGUAGCUUAUGGAAAAAUGUUUGUUAAGAGAAAAAAUGAGGAUAACAAAAAUAAAAAUAAAAAUUUGAGCAGUAAUAAUAUAAAUUAUAAUAAUGAUGAGACGGACGAUAUAUAUAAUGUAGGGAAAAUGGAUAUUGAUUCGAUAAAACAAAAAUUUAUAUUUGAUAGUACAAAUAAUGUAAUUGUAUCACAUAAUAUAAAUGCAGUAUAUAUAACAGCACUUCAUUUACCUUUAUUAAUAUUAGUGUUUAAAGAAUAUUUCUUUCGUUUUUUUUCUCAUAUAUUUUAUUUUAUAUGUACAUAUCCAUAUUAUAUUAUAAGGAAGACCAUGGCAUAUAAUUUUUACGACAUUUUAAAGAACAUGUUCGAUUCUGAAUUCUUAAAAAUUGAUAUGGGGAAAUUCAAGAAAAGGGGAAAUGAAAAGAGGUUUAAUAAAAUAUUACAAAAACGAAAUAAUAUAUUAUAUAAGGAAAAUAUGGAAAAAAAUAUAUUAUCAGAAAGAUAUAUGAAGGAUGAAAAAAUGAAUAAUAAUAAAAGUAGUGGUGGUACGAAGAAGGAAUCGUUAGAUAUACAAAUAAAUGCAAUGUUUAAUAAUGAUUAUGCGACGUAUUAUAAUAUGAGAAGAAUACAAAAUAUGGUUAUAGAUGAUGAAAAAUUAGAAAAAGAAAAGGAUGAUAAUAAAAUGGAAGAACAUGACAAAGAUGAAAAUAAAAAAGAAAAAGAAAAAGAAAAGGAAAAGGAAAAUGAAAAUGAAAAUGAAAAAGAAAAAGAAAAUGAAAAUGAAAAAGAAAAUGAAAAUGAAAAAGAAAAUGAAAAUGAAAAAGAAAAUGAAAAAGAAAAAGAGAAUAAUAUUAUCAAAGGCGAAUUGUUGAAAGAAAAUAUCAAAAUAGAAGAUAAUAUAUAUAGCGAAGAUCUAUUAAUAGAUAAUGAAGAAAAAUAUGAGAGUGAAAAAUAUGAAGAAGAUAAAACAUAUCAAUCGAGUGAGAAUAAUAUUUAUGAUUCAAAUAAUUAUGAGAAACAUAUUAGAAAGCUUCAAAAUCAUAUAAAUAUUAAUUUAUAUGAAAGUGAUUUUUUUGUGAAUGAAGAAAAUGAAAAUUUUUUUUUUUAUAAACAAUUUCUUAUGAAAUAUGAGAAUAUGUAUAAACGUCAUAUACAGACAUUUAAAACAUAUUAUAAAGAAGAUGAUUCCCCAUGUUUUUUUUUUCAUUUUUUUAUAUAUUAUUUUUUGAAUGAUUCGAAUGUUUUGGUUAAAAAAGCUAUAUUAAAAAAUUAUGACAAGCUCUUAACUUUUUUUCCUUAUCAUAUAAAGCUAAUACUUAUAUCCUAUUUGUACAAUGUUAUAGAUUAUAAGAUAUUAAAUUAUUCAUUGAGAAAACGAGUGUCCAAAAUUGUUUUUAAAAUUUUGCAAAAUGUGAAUGAUUCGAAGAUAAUUAGAGAUUAUAUAUUUCCCAUAUAUUUAAAGUUGUGUAAAGAUGAGGUGGCUACCAUUAGAACAUAUACCGCUAGUUAUUUUUAUAUUAUUUUACAGAAGGGAUGUCCAAAUCUUUACAAAUUUUUUAAGGGUAAAGGAAAAAUAUUGGACAUAGAAGAAUACCAGAAAGAUAUAUUUGUGUCCAAUGAGAAUGGUUUUAAAUUAAAAAGUGAAGAUUUUAUUCGGGGGAAGGAAGUUACAUUAAUAAGAAAAAUUAUAAAUACAUUUGCCACGAGCAAAUAUUAUUAUGACAGGCAACUUUUUAUAAACAUUUGUGACGGAAUAAUUAGUGAAUGCCCUAUCAACUUAUUUCUGUUGUACUUUUUGAACCCGUUUAUUAAUUUAUCGGAUGAUAAAAUUCAAGUUGUGAGGAUAACGUGGGAAAUGUGUGUUUAUAGCCAGUUGAAAAAGAAGGGAGACUUUUCAAAUAUAGCAAAUGUAUAUAAAAAAUUGGAAGAGAUGUAUUUGAAAUAUGGAAAAACGACUGUAAGCAAAAUUAACCCUAUAAAAUAUAAUAAUCCAGAUAGCAUAUUUAUUGUAUCUUUUGAUCUCCAUCAUAUUAGUAAUUAA